AUGGCCGCAAAGCAAGGCUCUGACCCCACCCAGAAGAAAAACUUUGACAAAACCUUUGAGGAUGAAACCAAAGCCACAAACGCCCUCGUCGAUAUUGGCACUAUCCAAUUGACCGCAGAGGAUCUGUAUGACAAGGACAAGAUUGGAGACGUUGUCCCCUCAGAUUGUCGCUUGUACGAUGCCAUCAACGUCUCGAUUGACCAAGCCGCUCUAACCGGAGAAUCGCUGCCAUCUACCAAGCACGUCGGAGACCAAUGUUUCUCUGGAUCUACCUGCAAACAAGGAGAAGCCGAGGGUGUCGUUAUUGCUACUGGUCCCAACACUUUCUUUGGUCGGGCCGCGACUCUGGUAGGAGCGGACAACGACUCCACCGGACACAUGCAAGCCGUGCUUGCUAAAAUUGGUACUUUUUGUCUAGUUUCCAUCGGUAUUUUUGUUGUUUUGGAAAUUGUCAUUCUUUACGGAGCUUUCCGAUACCAGUACCGUCGAGGUAUUGACAACAUCUUGGUAUUGCUUAUCGGUGGUAUUCCCAUCGCUAUGCCUACUGUGUUGUCUGUCACACUCGCCGUCGGAGCUCAACAACUCGCCAAGUACAAAGCCAUCGUCACUCGUAUCACUGCCAUCGAAGAGUUGGCCGGUGUCACCAUUCUCUGCUCUGAUAAGACCGGUACCCUCACUACCAACAAGCUCACCAUUGACAAAUCCACCGUGAAGACUUACGCUGAUUUCAGCGCCGACGAAGUCUGUGUCCUUGCCGCCUAUGCUUCUCGAACUGAGAACCAGGAUGCUAUCGAUACUUGUGUUGUUGGAAACGUUGGAACCGAUGCCGCCCGCCGAGGCAUCCAGUUGCUCGACUUCAAGCCGUUCAACCCCGUCGACAAGCGUACCGAGAUUACUUACAUUGACACCGCCUCUGGCCAAAUGCGUCGUGUGACAAAGGGAAUGACCGGUGUGAUUAUCGACUUGUGCACCCACAACAAGACCGAAGCCCUGGAGACCCGCCUCGAGAACGAUGUUGAAGAGUUUGCCCGCCGUGGUCUUCGUGCCUUGGCUGUUGCCUACGAAGAUGUACCUAAUGCUCAAGUCGACGGUCCCGGCAGCGGCUUCGAGCUUAUCGGUCUGCUCUCCAUCUUCGACCCUCCUCGUGACGACACCAAGCAAACUAUUGACGAUGCCCAGGCUCUUGGCGUCAAAGUUAAGAUGGUAACUGGUGACCAGCUUGCUAUCGCCAAAGAAACCGGUCGACGUCUCGGAAUGGGUGACCACAUGUACCCCUCCAAGGUGCUCAAGGACGGUCCCGAGCCCGGAGGAAAAUUUGCCACACUCGAUGAGAUGAUUCUUGAUGCCGAUGGAUUCGCUGGUGUCUUCCCCGAACACAAGUACGAGAUUGUCAAGCGUCUACAGGGUCUAGGGCACUUGUGUGCUAUGACUGGUGACGGUGCCAACGACGCUCCUGCCCUUGCCCGUGCGAACGUUGGUAUUGCCGUCGAGGGUGCGACUGACGCCGCUCGUGGUGCCGCCGACAUUGUGCUCACUGAACCCGGUCUCUCCACCAUCGUCCAUGCCAUCCGUCAAUCGCGAAUCGUUUUCCAACGUAUGCGAAACUACUCCAUCUACGCUUGUGCCGUCACAAUUCGUAUUGUUGUUGGUUUCGCUGUCAUGGCCUUCGCCUUCAAGUUCGACUUUCCUCCGUUCAUGGUUUUGGUCAUUGCCCUCCUCAACGAUGGUACCAUCAUGACUCUUUCCCUUGACCGGGUCUUGCCCAGUCAGAGCCCCGACCACUGGGACCUUACCGAAAUCUUCACAUACGCCAUGGGUUACGGAUUGUGCCUUGCUCUGUCGACCAUUGUUCUGUUGGCUGUCAUUAUCCACACUUCGUUCUUCGAAGAUCGAUUUGGCACUGAACCACUCAAGAACCAGAACGACCCUCGUGUUCACAUGAUUGUGUACCUACAAGUCGCCAUCAUCUCGCAAGCCUUGAUCUUUGUCACUCGAUCCCACGGAUGGUUCUUCAUGGAGCGUCCCUCGGCCGCUCUGUUCGGUGCCUUCAUCGUCGCCCAGCUGAUCUCCUCAAUCAUUGCUGCCUACGGUAACUGGUCGUUCACUGAUGUCGAAGGUAUCUCUGGAACAUGGAUCGGUAUUGUCUGGGUUUGGAACAUCAUUUGGUUCUUGCCGCUUGACCUCGUCAAGUUUGGAAUGCGCGCAGUCAUCCGCAUGUUCAAGCCUCCAGUUGCCCUCAACAAGCCCAUUCCUGCCAACCAGCUCCAGCGCACACCUUCCAGAGCUGCCUCGAUCAACGAGUCGCUCUACUCUAACCGUGCCAGUUUCAUCCAGCGGGCCAACCGAAGCUCUGUCCUCAGAGGUCGCGUCCAUGCUGAUGACCGAGAACUCCGAAGAUUUUCUUCGGCUCAAGCUGUAUCAUCCGGAGCUGCUCUCAGCAGAGCCCAGUGA